AUGGAACCUACUCUAGGAGAUACAACCCCAGCAACUACUUCUGACGAUGGAACUAAGGUCUCAGGAGGUGUUACCCUCGGCUCUAGAUGUCCUGUGAUUGACAAAGCGCUAACAGAAGCUGAUCCUAAAUUUGUGAAUAAAGAUAUGCAAGAGAUCCAUAAUCACUGGCAGAACUGCAGACAACAAUGGUUAAAAACUAAAAAUGAUGGCGAUGAUGCCAGAGGCAAUAUGGAAUAUGCUCAGAUCCCUACUGAUCAUAGACACAGAGAGUACCUGAAAUCAAAGAUUCUUCGUAGCACAAGAGGGCCUUAUAGAGAAUUUGAGAAUUACCAUUCAUUACAAGAAGUCAUCGAGCUUUAUGAAGAAAUAUGGUUUGAUGAAUCAAGUGACUAUUUUUAAUUGUAAAUGAUUUAUCAA